AUGACGUACGACCCACCAGUUACUGUUCCAUUCGACGAUUUGACGACGGCUGAGCGUCACUAUCCAUUGUGUACUAAUCACCCCGCGAAAUGUUUUGGUUGUCUUACCUCUCCUUCCUUUUCUCCACGAUAUCAUACUUUUCUUGUGGCUAUUUCUAAUAUCCAAGAACCACGUACGUACUGUCAAGCCGUCUCCAUUCCUGAAUGGCGGGACCCAAUGACCAUAGAACUUACUGCUCUUCAUCGUACUGGUAUUUGGGAACUAGUUCCCCUCCCGCCUGGCAAGACUCUGAUUUGUUGUAAGUCAAUAUAUAAAGUCAAGACAAAUUCUGAUGGUUCAAUUGAUCGCUAUAAGACUCGUUUAGUUGCUCGAGGGUUCUCUCAAGAAUAUGGCAUUGAAUAUGAGGAGAUGUUUGUCCCUAUUGCUAAGAUGAUCUCUGUUCAUGUCCUUAUUGCUAUUGCUGCUUCUCGUAGUUGA